AUAUAGUGGAGUAUAGUUAAGAUUUUGCUAAGGCUGAUGGAUACAGUUGUUGCGUUACUCAUCGGUGCAUUGCAAGCAAGCCCCACAGCUAUACAAUCGUGUGCAGUGGGCGUUAUCCCCCUACAAUUCAUCACCGUUUCUAGACGUAAAGUGGGUUUGCCGUUAGGAAGACCGUUUACUCUAUGUUGUGACAUCUUUUGCCAAGGGAAGUCAGCAUCUUCUCGCCACCAGUCUGCAAUUGCUCUCCAGAUUACGCACGCUGCAGCUUCUUGCGCUCGCUGCACACUCAGGAUGUAGAAUAUCGGCCACCAACUUUGUGCAUACCCUUUCAUUUAUCUCCACCUUUUUAAACAUAAGGGCCACAGGCAGAAGCUAGAUUUGUCCCAGUAUCUGCUUACUGCGUUAUCACUAGGCUGUGCCUCUUAUGGGCAGUGCCUCUUUCUGUUUGAACACAUGAAACACACAUAGGCGUUCACACGCAUUAACUGCAGUGCUCCAUCACUUUAUGCAUCCCCCAGUUCCAGUUCUCCAAAGCGCGGAACACUGGAACCCCAAGGAGUCCAGGGCAGGUACGUCCCAGCUGGGCAGUAGAUCACAGCGAUCACCCUCACCGGUAACCAAUCGUCGAUCCUUAAGACCGUUCUGAGGGGGCUGUUUUCUUUAUCACCAGGGGGGCAAAUAGAGGAAGAGAGGAAAGCAAGACUAUUUCAUCCAUUGUCAGUGCGCAGACUCACCACAGUUACAAAUUAUUUCUUGGAUGCGGUACUCAGAGGUAUUAAAGCAGAAGACAACUGGACCCGAUUUCAUGCGUAGAAGAAAAAAAUGAAAUUCCCAAUUGAGACUCCGAGAAAGAAGGUGAACUGGGAUCCUCAAGUGGCCACUCCUUCAGCAACAGUACCUGAAUGUGAACCCAAGAUUAAUGGGCAUUACAUGGGCCACAGGCUGUCUGUGUCCUCCCGGGCCACUGUAGUGGCUAGCAUGGACAAUACCUCUCAAUCUUUGUAUACUGUUAUGAAAUGGAAAACAGUCGUGGCUGUCUUUGUAGUUGUGGUGGUCUACCUGGUGAUCGGGGGUCUAGUAUUCCGAGCACUGGAGCUACCUUUUGAAAGGAACCAGAAGUACACCAUUGCUUUGGAGAAGGCAGACUUCCUGCGGGAGCAUCACUGUGUGACACAGCAGGAGCUAGAGACUCUGAUUCAGCAUGCUAUAGAUGCUUCAAGUGCAGGAGUUAGUCCAGUAGGAAAUUCAUCAAAUAGUGCCAGUCACUGGGACCUUGGAAGUGCCUUUUUCUUUGCUGGAACUGUCAUCACCACCAUAGGGUUUGGAAACAUUGCCCCAAGCACUGAAGGGGGGAAAAUUUUCUGUAUCUUAUAUGCCAUAUUUGGAAUACCACUCUUUGGCUUUUUACUGGCUGGGAUUGGAGACCAACUGGGGACGAUUUUUGGAAAAAGCAUCGCCAGAGUGGAAAAAGUGGUUCGACCAAAGCAAGUGAGCCAGACCAAAAUUCGUGUCAUCUCCACCAUCUUGUUCAUCUUGGCAGGCUUUGGUGUCUUUGUGUUUAUCCCAGCAGUCAUAUUCCAGUACAUUGAGGGAUGGACAACGUUGGAGUCCAUCUAUUUUGUGGUGGUCACACUGACAACAGUGGGCUUCGGUGAUUAUGUAGCAGGUGGAAAUACAGACAUUUCCUACCGAGAGUGGUACAAGCCUCUGGUCUGGUUUUGGAUUCUGAUUGGCCUUGCCUACUUUGCUGCUGUUCUCAGCAUGAUUGGAGACUGGCUCAGAGUGCUGUCCAAGAAAACAAAAGAAGAGGUUGGGGAAAUAAAAGCUCAUGCAGCUGAAUGGAAGGCCAAUGUAACUGCUGAGUUCCGUGAAACCCGCAGACGUCUAAGUGUUGAGAUUCAUGACAAGCUUCAACGGGCGGCAACCAUCAGAAGCAUGGAGCGCCGAAGACUAGGACUGGAACAGAGAGCCCACUCAUUAGACAUGUUGUCACCAGAAAAGAGAUCAGUGUUUGCUGAGUUGGAGAAAGGGCGCUUUAAGGCAUCAUCCCAAGAGAGCAUCAACAGCAAACCCAAUAACCUUCGGGCAAAGGUAGCAGAGCGUUAUGAAAAGUCAAGGCAGGGAGCCUCCGAGGACAACAUUAUUAAUAAACUCACCAGGAGGAAAAACCUGGAGCACAGGAAAAGCAUUCCGGAGGAUGUAAAGAAAAAAAUCUAUGAAACAUUUGGUAGCUAUUCAUCAGACAAGGAGGAAAAGAAGGAAGAGGAAGACGAGAAACUGUAUGAUUCGAACACCACUAUUCUUGCUGACUGCAUACAGCACACAAUGGCCCUUGAGAAUGGAAUGGUACCAAAUGAAAACAAAGAAAAGGAGAGAAAUGGACUCCUUGCAAAUCAAAACUGAAAACCAAAAAUAAAAAAAUUAAAAAAAAUGAAAGAAAGUUAAAAAAAGAAAGAAAGAAAAAAGGGACUUGAAAUUUAUAAUUUCUAGGAUUUUUAACUUAAGAUGUGCCUUAUCCAGCCUUGUGUAGACUUUGGAGAAAGCCUGGUCAACACAUCACAGAGAUACAUUUUUCACUGUGUCAUAAAGAACUAAAUGCCUGUUCUGCCAAAUUUAUCAUAAUAAGUACUUGAAAAAAAAAAUAACAAAACAAAAGAAACAUGCCAGGGGCAACUUGGUUUCCAGGCACUUUCCAAUGACAAAGAGCACUGUGGAAAUAUUAUCGCUCUUAUCAAGGAAUGCAUGGUGCUUAGUAAACUGUUCUGUUUUUCAGACUAGCAAAGAAGGACAAAUGUUUUUGUCUUUGUGGUGUAUUGGGUUUGCCAAAGUUGAAACUGCCGGUAAUGGCCUGGCUUGAGGUGGCUGGAUCUUUAACGGCUUUGUUUCUUCCUUUUGGAAUCAGCAUGUCAUACUAACUGGUUCUUUUUUCUGCUAGAGACAUUAUCUUCAUUAAAGUGGACAAGUGCUCAUAGUUAAGAUCCAUAUUGAAGAUUAUUCACAAUGUUGUUAAUGCCUGCUAUUGCUGUGUGUCAACUUGUCUCAAGCAAUUAAACUGAAACAGAUGCACACACAGAAAUACAGAUACACACACACACACACACACACACACACACACACACACACACACACACACACACACACACACACACACACACACACACAAACAAAAACACUCUGCAUACCCUACCCAGCUGACAAGCAUGCGUGCAUUGUUCAGUAAGUAACACUGUGGAUAUUAUUACUGUUGAAUAAAACAUUUUUUUAUAAAUCAA